UCUAUAUGCGAGGAAACUUAAUAUCUCGUGUACUAUUGAUAUAGCGCCUAAACGAUACAGCGGUGCUCUUGUGGUAUUUUUUGUUUUGUAUAAGGUCGAUACUCGAGAUAUCACCGACUUUAAGUGCAAUGCUGUCUAAUUGACAUCGUGGAUAACGUAGUUUCAUGAUAUUGAAAUUUGUAUAACAUCUUCUGAUUUUAAUAUCUAGUGUUGACAAUUGUAACUCCUGAUUCACUAGGUUACGGAAUCUAAAUCGGUGCCAUGCGCAGUGUUUGUUGGAGACGAAUACGGAUAUACUAAGAUUCACGCUUUAAUUAACCACUUUACGUGAUAUUCGUCGUCGUGCUCAGGCGUUUCACUUGUGACGAUAGCAAUGACGUCAGUGGGUAUAGGUACGGAGAGACAGGUUCUCCGGAUGGAUGACGAAUCGUCGAGUGGCACCGCCACCCCGAAGGAUUUCCGGCGUUUUCAGCCCGAUAGCCGGGAGAACACGGAUAUAUCUUUGUUGGGGGAGCCUCAAACGAGUUUUCUCGAGUCAGUUCAGGAGGAGUAUCUACUGGAGCGAUCGGAGGAAAGCCACCAGGGGAAGCGCGUCCAAAUUGACAUCAUGGACGACUCCGGAAGACGGUCGGAAAUCAUCGAGGGCGAUCGGGCACCGUCGGUGUCACGCAUGCCCUCAACGAUGACACGUGCUAUGCUCGUGCGAACGCCAGCAAACAAAGACGGCAGCGGCGAUUCGCGUUCUCCCGAAGUUUCCGACGACGAACGGGUACCUCACGAACCGGAUAUACUGAUAACGGAACUGAAAGAACAGGAACUUGUGGAGGGUGACGCCGAUCCCGAUGAAGGGUCGGAUAUAGAGCAGGAAUACCGACAGGUUACCAUAGAGACGGUGGAAGCCGACGAGGACUGGGACACCGAUCUGGAAAUUGAAGAUGAAGUAAUGAAAGAGGUCCGGAACCACGACCCUACGGGCCGCAGCUACUACGAAAAGGUGUGCAGCCGGAUGGGACUGGUUCCCGUCUCGUACCUCAAACGUCACAUCACGGACCACGAGAUUACGAUGAGAUUUCACGGUCUGGGUGCCAGCGCCGCUAAGGCCAUCGCUCUGGUGCUUAGGGACAAUAUAACGCUGGAGAAAUUAAAUCUCCAAGGUAACUGGAUCGAGGGGGAGGGGGGCCUCGCCAUGGCGCGAAUGCUGGAGGAGAACGACUACAUCACAGAAUUAGUCCUCUCUGACAACAGACUUGGCUCUGUAGGGGCAGAGUGCAUGUGCAAGAUGUUGUCUGUGAACGCUGGGCUCCGGGUACUCGAUCUCUCAGGAAAUAAUUUCCAAGAUAAAGACGCCGUGAUAUUUGCUGAUUGUUUAACAGAACACGCCAAAUACCUCAAGGAACUCCAUCUUUCCCGUAACCAGUUCGGAACAGAAGCGGGCGAAAUACUUGGACCCGCCAUUAGUUCCAAUGAUAUACUGGAGGUACUGGACCUCAGCUGGAAUCACAUACGCGGGAAAGGUGCAAUUGCUGUCGCAAAAGGCAUUGGGGAGAAUGUGCGACUUAAGUCCUGCAACAUAAGUUGGAACGGGUUCGGACCGGAAGGAGGUGCGGCGGUCGGAGAGGCGAUGGCGUCCAACAGCUCCCUGCUAGAGCUGGACGUUAGUGGCAAUCGCCUUAACGCAGAAACCGCAGUCAAAAUGUCCCGACUGAUCUCAUCGAACGACACCAUCCGGGUCCUCAGAAUGGGUAACAAUUUACUUACGACAUCAGGUGCGAUCGUACUGGCCACUUCAAUCAACAAUGCGCAAAGCAGUGAGUUAGAAGAGUUAGAUAUAACCGAUGUCCCGGUCGAGUUUGAAUUUCUACGCAUUUUUGAGGAUAUCAAAAUGAAGAGGCCGAAUUUUAAGCUUACACACGGCCCGAUCAUUAGUUCCGGAAACACAAAGGACGACUUGAACAAGCCCGCGGUGCACCCACACAAACGGAAGGAGCCGGUUUUGAUACUUGAUCAGCACAUUGUAGUGAACGACAUGCGAUUGCUGGAUAUUUUAAAGCGUUACGACCCGGACGGCGGGUAUACCGUCUCACCAGAAGACUUCGUAAGAGCCGUCGAGGACCUUGCAGUACCGUUCAACAAGCCUAAGUUGGAGGCCGCAUGUAAACGCUUAGCCGACGACCAAGCAGGGAGAAUAUAUUUUGGCGAUUUUAUCAAACAGCAAGAAGACCAGUUGAAGACAAAUGGUGGUGACCAUGACGAGAGAGAAGAAAACAGAUAUGAGCAGUAAACACUUCACUGCGCUUGCGUAAACUGUGAGCAAACAACUAAAAUCCUUUGUAUUGCGCAAGCUCAAGGUAGCGGAAAACCUGUGUUUGGAUCCGGACCGUUGCGCAUGCUCAGUCUGUUAACAGAAUAAGAAAGUAACAUGACGAGAACGCAUGCUUGAAACUAACUCAUAAGCCAAAUAUGUAUAUGUGCCAAUAGUUUUAAGUUGUGUACGUAUGGUGUGCCGAUGGCUUAAGCCCGAGGCCAAUGCAUCCGAAGGUGUUCCUAUGCAGGCCCGUGGCACCCCAUAGACGUGUUUAACCUACCUAGUUUAUACAUUGUAUCUAUGAAGCAUAACAACUGCAUACUACAUUUAUUUAAGUCGGUUAUUUCCAUUUGAAAAGUACGCAAGAUGACCUUACCCAAUGUAAACAGACGUAGACUUUGGACAACCAAUUCUAUUGACGUAUAAACUUGUGAAGUUCUGCUUCUUUACAUGCAUCGACACAGUGGGAUUCUGAGCAAACAAUGUAUGCGACUAGUACAUGUAGCACAACUAUGAACGUUCUCAGAAUAUUUACGGAAAAUAAAUUGUUCAUAUUGUGCGUUGUAAGUUAAGGCUAUCCAUUUAAAACGUUAUAGCUAUUGCACAUGAUACAGAAAUCCAUGUGCAGGAGCAAUAAACAUGUUGUACAUGAAUACUCAAAACAUCUAGACGCGUGUGAAAUCAGGUACACGAAAUUCGGCAAGAUAUAAUUGGCUACAUGCUCUUAUCAAAGCUAUUGCAAUAAUUGUUCACAAUAAGUUUCAGUUAACGGCGACGACAAAAGUGAAUUAAUCCCCAUACUCUGAAAGUACCGAGUGCACAUUUUUAUACCUACACAAAUAUAGAAUGUGUGCAUUUCGUUACAAGAACGUGCGUCAAACAAAUUUUGCAGAUAGUGUUACUUGUCUGUGGCCAGGAUUCAAGAGCGGUUUGUUGGUAGUUUCCUUAUUUUUCCGCGAUAGAUUGCUCAAACCUUACCCCGUGUACCCGAUAUCCGGUGGUUAGGUUCUUGUUUCAAGGGAUAUUUAAUUGCAGGAGGUUGAUUUUAAAGUCCUACUCAUUUCUUCUCACGAGUUUGUGUUUGUUAAUGUCAUGUUGUGUUCACAACUUACAAUGUGUUACCUUUUUUUCUAGUAUGGGUUUUCAUGUACCUCUGUCUAGUUAGUAUACAUCGGUUUAGCCAAUCUAAAUAUGUAAAAAAAUAAAUAAAUCUACGUAAUCGAAAACCAAAGUUCCAGAUUUUUGGUCGAAUAGGUAUGCAUGGCAGUAGUUUUAUUUAAAACAAACAUGCACUUUGUUCUUCGUAAAGAAAAAUUCUUUCAUUACACUUCAUGCGUUAUCUUCAUGUUGUCAAUAAACAUUAUGACAGCGAAUAGCAAGGCAGAUUGGUCUUCCGAUAUAUCGCCCAAAAGGUUUUUAUCUUUACCCAUUUAUGCCUAGUAGAUUCUCCCAUCCUAAAUUGGAUCAAUUAAUUUCAAAAUUAGGGAUGUCUAGUCAGAAAUUCCUUAAGCAAACAGCGCAGACCCUGAUGAGACGCCGCAUCAUGCGGCUUAUUUGGAUUUACGCUGUUUGCCAUUACCUUUUUUUCUAGACGCUAUGCAUAAAUGGGUUAAAUAAUAAAUUAUCGCUGCAGUUACUAUGUGAAAUAACUUCCGUGUUAUACAUUAUAAUUAUUAUGUCCCCAGUCUAUACUGGGGAACAUAUUGUUUUUGCCCUGUCUGUUUGUUGGUUUGUUUGCGUCAAACUUUAACAUUGGCCAUAACUUUGUCAAUAUUGAAGAUAGCCACUUGAUAUUCGGCAUGCAUGUGUGUCUCAUGGAGCUGCACAUUUUGAGUGGUGAAAGGUCAAGGUCAUCCUUCAAGGUAAAAGGUAAAAUAUAUGGAGGGUUUACAUAGUGUUUCACAAACACAUCUUGUUAUUAUUAUGAUUAUUAUCAUGUAUUUUAUUUAUUUAAAAUCCACAAAUUUUUGAAUGCACGUUAGACAUUAUAAAGAUGUUGACUGUUUGUAUCAAGCAUAUUGCCCGUCUGUUUCUUUCUCGUGUUGUUUGUGUACUUUGAUAAAAUGUGUUGUUAUUUUGCUAUUCGCUUUAAUAAAUUGAUAUGAUUU